AUGCUUGCGUGGAGUAUGUUUCAUAUUUUAGCUCCUAUUAUACAGCUUUUUGUCAUGUCCAGUAAGGGCGAGACGGUGGUGGAGAAAUUUGAAAAACCGCCGGCCAUAGCGGCGUCACACGGACCAACUACCCGGAGAUCUCGUCGAAAACUAAUUGCGGAAGCGGAAUUUCAGUCGAAAAUUCAAAAUUUGGAAGAUGUUAUUGCCAGGAUCAAAAGCAGAAGUGUUGUGGAAGCAGUGGCCACUGGCAGGAAUUUGUGAUAAUUAUUUAAACGGUUUCUUUUGCGAAUUUUCCCGAAAACAAUAAAAUUUUCGACUUCUACAGUGACUUGGCCGAGUUUUUGCAACUCCGCGGCCACGGAGAAGAAUCGUGUUGCAAAAACAGAAAAAUCAAUAAAAAUUUUAUUAAUA